CAACAGCUCAAAGUUGGACAUUUGUUUUUUGUCUUCCGUGUUUUGCUAGGUAGUUCACCAUUCUCCAGAAUUGUAUUUGGUAAAGUUCAACUUGAACUGAAUCCAUCGUUCAUCUUAUCAUGAUAGAGAAUUUGUCCAAAAAACGUAUGGUGUUUGGUAUCACCUUCCUGAUAUUACUAACCAUAGUUGUACUGAUCAUCGAAUCGAAAUGGAUGAAGGCUGGUUCUCGUCGGCAGGAGUUUGUGAUUGAGAAUAAUUCUACUUGCUGGAAGCGUGAGACAUACGAAGUGAUCAAGGACUGCCAUCCGUGUACCGCGUUCGAGAUCGCCAGUAAAUCCCAGGGCGUCUGUGUGCAUACGCACAAUAAAGAGGUGCUGAAGUGUAUCGGAGGAGAGAUCGUGACACGAAGCUGUGAUCGUGUGGCUUGGCUGGAUGAGCGACAUUUUUGGUCGUUCCAGAUUUCACUGACAAUAAUCGGCAGCCUUUCUGCGGCAAUCUCCUUCCUUCGACAGAAAACGCUCAACCGAAGGACUAUGCUGAAAAUCCAGCGAGAGUUGGGUGCCUAA